AUGCAUUUUCUCGAUCGAGUCCGAACAGUCCUUCGGAGAGGCAAACGGGGCUCAAUGUCGGCUGUGGCUACAUCUUCAGGAUGGAAACGACUCCCAUCUCAUAUCUUUGUUAUGAUCCUAGCCUCCUGUGAACUGAAGGAUAUCGGUUCCUUGUCUCUUUCCUGUCGAAUACUCCACAACCGGAUUUCGAAUCUGGAAUUUGCCAUAGCAUGGGCAUAUAUCCAACUCCGGAAACAGGCGCAUCAUCAAAGAAAUUGCAUUACUGGCACACUCUCACCGGGUGAUGACGUUUCGUUCAUCUCUGAGCUAUUCCCUCCCCCGCCUCCUGAGUAUAGCAUAGGUGUGGCUCAUGGCAACGCCGGAUAUUCCCUAGGAUAUCUCGGUGAGUUGAAUCGAUGCUGGAAUACUUGCAUUCGACUCAGCUACCACCUGGCUUAUCAUGUGCUUGAACAUCAUCUGGAGACCGAUCCACUUGUCCAACCUUUGUGGUCCUCUUCCAAGACAGAGAAAGAAGUUGUCUUCAGUAAAGCCAUGGCUGCGCUCCAGGCCAAGCUUUUGUAUCCGAUAGCCUACGCGGUAUUCUUCUUGGAAUCAUCCGCAUCUCCUGGCUCUGACUCUGAUGACUCGGGUCAUCACAACAGCAUGACGGUUGCUUCUUCUAAAAGACAACAAAAAAUUCUUCAAAAUGCGCCUUUUGACGAUAUGCAUGUAUUUAUGUCCACCCAUCACUGCAUGCAGCUUCUAUUUUCGACCGUCCAGCGCUUGAUGGGCCCGGAAAUUUCUCAUUCCACCGCCGAAAGCUGGGUUAGUCUCCUUCUCACUACUUCUACUAUGGAGAGGAUCGUUAGCUUCUUUGUUUCUAUUGCGAAGGAUGACCAAAGAAACCAAAAGGGCGAACAUGAUUCUACGUGGUCUCAUAGAAAGGAGUUUCUGUGGGGCAUGCGACAGGAUUUGAAGGAUUACAUGGCGUCUUUCGGUGAUAAUGGCGAACAAAACCUCGAGCCAAAGCUUAACCAUGUGUGGUUUCAAGCAGCAUGCACAGAGAUGAACCGACGAGGGGCUAUUCCGCAUACUGUUGACGAUACAGAAUUACCCGUUCUCCAUGGGUCUGUUGUAAAAUUGGGAUGUGAAUACUGUUAUGAUUGUUACGAUAAAUGA